CUGUUACUUGCUGUCUGGAACACACAGUUAGAGAGAAAAUACAGUCUGUUUUACAGGUUUACUAAAGUCGAUUUUUGAUUAUUUUAUCAUGCGCAAGUGACUGUGCCAGAGCUCUAAAAGUACUUCAGAGGCGAUUUCUCUUUUUAUUUGUUGUAAUGGGAUAAAAGAAAUGUAUUUCUUUCUAUCCCUGUUAAUUCUGGCACCGAUCCUCCUCUCCAUUUGUGACAGUAUCGGCACGCAUGGGAACAACUGCAACGUUGUCCCUAAAGAUCAGUUCAUUGAAGUGGGAUCUGACAUCGAUUUAGAGUGCUGGACUUCAUGCGUCCGCGGCAAAAUCUACUGGACACUGAACAACAAGCCUGUGCAUGAAAGCCUGUCAAAAACAAUCAACUCCUCCCUCACGGUGCUGUCAUUGAGGAGCCUCCCUCUCCAGACUGCUACAGUGCAGUGCCAUAGUGCAAAUACUCACCAAGUGGUUGGUGGCGCCAAAAUCAGAACGUACUCAAAACCCAGAUUAAUAUCCUGCACCUUGCAUAACGAAGAUCAGUCAAGGGAACUUCUUCCAGACUCGUUGAAUUGCAGCUGGGAGCAUCACAUUGAUCCUUCACUGGAAAUAAAUUACAGUGUACUGCAUUCCUCUAAGUUAUACCCUGUUCAGAAGGAAAUCUGCAAAUCAACUGCAAAAACAUGCACAGCCAGAGAGAUUGAUAAAUCUGAUCGUCCAAUAUAUCCGUCUGAUGGUAGCAAUAUGAAUAUUUCUAUUAGAGCUGUGAGAAAUGAUGCUUGGAAAGUUGAUUCCGACCCUAAGGAAUUUGACCCAAAGCACAUAUGGAAAAUUAUCCCUCCGAAGAUACGUAAUGUAAACGCCUCCUCUGAUCAUCUGCUGGUCAAGUGGGAUCGGGCACGUCACGUAGAAGAGUGUCACUGUGAAGUCAAAUUCAGCACGACUCUCAACGAAAGCGCCACAGAGAUACUCAAUAAGACUCUCGGGCCAAGGACUCAAGGGGAGCUGACCUAUUAUAAAUUUGAAUCAUGCAGUAACUACACGGUCUCAGUGCGCUGCGCUCUGACGGAGGCCCCCUGGAGCGACUGGAGCAAGGAGGAGACGGUUCUGUCCAAACUCAAAAAAGAUGAGAGGCUGCAUCUGUGGAGAAAAGUGUCCGAACCGGAGAAAAACGGAGUCAGAAAAGUUCUCGUCCUGUGGAAGGAGAUUCCUUCAACAUGCCAAGACACAUUCAAUUACACUAUUAAACAGACUCCCUUGAACAAACAAGCAACGGGAAAAAAUUACACUUUAUGCGACGGUUCGACUUGUUAUGUGAACCAGGACGCACACAGAAUAAAUCUGGCGGUCCAUAGUGAUGCCCUGUCUGUGGAGGAGUCUGUUUAUGUUCCAGCUGUUGGAGAGAGCCUCCCGCAAAUAACCGACAUGCAGACUUCGACCCGAGAAGGCGUCAUUCUUGUGAGCUGGAAAGCUCCAAUCCAGCCUGUCAGUGGUUACAUGAUUGACUGGACCCACGAUGGACAUCAGUACGAUUGGAUGGAGAGCAAAUACACAACUGCAGCUCUGUCUGGCCUCCUGGAUAAGAAGCCGUACAACAUCACAGUAACUCCUCUCUUUGGGAAUAAGACAGGUCAUAGCACACGAGCCCUUCAGGUCUGCUCCAGAUUUGGAGACCCGGGAAAUGUCACUACCAGCCACGUUUCUUACGACAAAAGUGCCCUGGUGAGCUGGAGCGUGUCACAGGAGGCGUGCAGCGGCGUCGUUGUCAACUUCACCAUUUUCUACAACAUGGAGGAAGAACAGAAGCUCAGCCUCAAUGAGACUGUAGCUGGCACAGAGCACUCGAUCUCUCUAAAAGAUCUGAAGCCAUACACCAAGUACAGCUUCCAUGUGGAGGCCACAGCGCUAACUGGGACCAGCAGGAGCAUCCUUACGCUCUUUCAAACCGAAAGAUUUGGUCCGGGGUUCAUCACAGCAGUCAGCGUCUGUGGAAGCAUCAUUAUACUUCUCGUGUUAACUCUGGGAUUGUGCUGUGCAGUCCGGUGGAAGAAAUUCAAGGAGAAGCCGGUGCCGAACCCCGGCCUCAGCUCCGUGGCGCUGUGGCCUCCGUCGAGUCAUCAAGAGGGAGCGAGUCCCAUCCCGUCGUUCAUCCCUUCUGAAAGCCCCUGCGACAGGAUUUACUCAGAGGAGACUCUGAGGACGUCCACCUCUCCCACAGCUACAGUCUAUAACACUGACCCAGGCAGUGAGCAGAUGGAGGAAUACGUUGACCAGGACAUGACCCCAGUGCGCGGCAAACAGGACAGAGACCCAGUGGGAUCUGAAGAGACUCAGCAUCUGUCAUCUCCUGAUGAUUCCACAGCGCUGCUUCCUCCAGAGAGCGGCCCGUCGAGCCCGUAUCGGAGUCAGACCUCUGUGGAAACUCCUGCUUCCAGGGCUGGUAAACCAUACAAACGGGUUCCAGUGAAACAGCCAGACAAGAUUACGCCAGUGACAGUUUACGUCACUUUGGACAUGUUUGAACAAGGCCGGUGAGGGAAAUGCAACCAAAACUAUUCCAAGCGAUAACCAUCAACCACGUAUAAAGGAAAUGUGGUUUAAUCUUACCAAAGGUUUCAGUGAGUGUCUUUGUGUCUUUGAUCCUGUUUGCCACUGAAACAUCUGUGGAGUGAAGGUGAAGAAUGACUGUAAUCUUAUACCAGAGAUCAUAAAAGGCAACAUUUUGUGUAAAUAAAAGCAUGUUGUGCUUCUGUGUAUUCUUUAUUGAUACAAAUGUGUACUAUUUAUAGCUAAACAGUGUGUGUAGCAGCUGCUUUAUUGAGUCAACAAUGUCUCGCAGAGAUUAUACCAGAGAUAACUGUAUAUCCCUUUGAUGAAUGGACUUUAUUUUUAUUCUUUGCUGAACUCUUAAGAAAUUACAUUCAUUUAAAGAUGUUUUUCUCUUUUAUAAAGCAUUACAAUUGGGGCCUUCAUUUCAUGUUUAAUAUGUACAAACUGUAUUAUAUCAUAUAAUAUUAUAUAUAUUAAAUUAAAGCAUGUUUGUCCAGUGAUAGCAUGCUGAGGAUUUAUGUAAACCAGUGUGGGAAUUUUUAAAAAAUAUUUGUGGGACAACUGUAGCCCUUGUCUUAAAAAAUGGGGCAUUUACAAAAAUGUUGAAGAUGCUAAAAAAAAAAAAGUAAUUAUUGCAUAAAGUGGCUGUUAUUAAAAUGCAUACACAGUAUUCACCAUCUUGUGCAAAAUAAAUAAAAAGCACACAACUGAUAUUACCAGUAUAUUUAUAUAUAACUGCAUUGUUUGUAUGAGUGUGUGUUGGAGACGGAAAUUAAAUACAUUUAAUGGAAAACAAUUAAAGGAUUAAUGUAGAAUUAGGAUAUUGGCCGAAUCUGGAAAAAAAUGUAAAUUUUGCCCCAUUGUUUUUCUGGGUCCUUAAUUUCUGACACUGAUGUCUACAGUGAGAAUGAUAUUUGUAAUAAUAUCAACUAUGUAUUAUAAUAAGAGUCUCAUAUGUUGUCAGUGAUAUUUGCACUUGUGUAAAACAAUAGUAAACUGCUGUCAGAAAGCUGUUACUGGUUGUUAUUUUUCCUGUAAAACUUGCCAUUAAAUUUAUCAACGACAUGCAUUAAAUAUAUGUGCUGUAUAAUUGUCACAAGACAAGACAGUGCUGAAUUUAAAUUCAGGACAACAUUUUUACUGUGAAAUAGCUACUUUUUUCUUGGUUUCUGGUACUAAAUUCUUAUCUUUUUGCAUAUAAAGUAACAUACACUUUGUGUAUACAGAUACACCAAGGCCUGUGUAAUUUAUAAAUUAUACUGAAGCUCUCUCAAUAACCAUAAUAA